ACGUAAGCGCUUUCAUUUUCCAGCAACCAGGAACGGAUGCUUUCUCGACAAUGGAGCAGCUUAUGUCGAAGUCGUCUCCUUAUUUUUAUCCCUUGUCACUGGGAUUUACUGCUUUAGUUCUUGUUCUUUCAGUCAUGUUUGCAUAUAAAAGGUUUCUGCAAAACAAUGAACGCCCACAGUCUCUGAAUGAAAGGAAGAAAAAGGACGAGAAAUGUACACACACUCAACAGAAAACGCACACUGACCAGUCUCAAACGGAUGAUGCCUCCGAGGAAGUUGGAGAUUGUGAUGCCCCUCUGCUUUCUUCAAACCUUCAGCCAGAGAUAGACCCCCUGACUUACUGUGAACACAUACAGAGUGAAGUGAAAAAGGCCAAACAAAGGGUGACUGCAAAAAAGUUCAACAAAGAUCUCACGGAGGAACAGAUCGAGGAAGAGAGAGAGGUUCAGAGGAAACAACUCCAGUCCAUAUUCGAGUUGAUGCAGACUGAAAGCGACAGAUUUGGCAUCAGCAGUCUCGAAGAUGUCCAAAGUCAGAUGAAGCUCUAUGCAUAAUUACUGUCUCUUGAUCAAUUUUGAUCACCUUAUUUCCCCAAAUUUAAUUGUAUAUUUUUUUGUUCUCCAAAUAGUUUGCAUUUCAGAAUAUUCCAUUGAAAGAGAAUUAAUAUGAAUAAGAAAAUUAUUUUCGUUAGUUACCUGUAAUUUUGUUUCAAGAUGCAAUUAAAGGUACAUGUUAUAUUUCAAAAUGUCAAUAAAUGGUACCUAUAUUUUUAAAAACAAGAGAUCUUUUUUUAAAACAGAAGUGCAUUUUUAUCACAUUCCAUCACUAAACUGAUAUUGUCAUACAGAACUUUUUUGUG